GGGGGGGGGCGACGGCGCUGUGUGCGAGUCAAGGGACGGCGAAGCGGGUGCGAGAGGCGCUCGGGCGCGGCGGCGGCGGCGGCGACGCGACGCGAUUGGAUGUGUUGACGCGAGAUCGAGCGGCGAUCGCGCGAUUGGCGACGUGUGAUUUGAUGGUUGUGGACGUGGAGGACGAGCGAGGGGUGGAGGGGACGGCGCGGGCGUGCGCGCUCGGAUUACGGGCGCGCGGCGUUCGAUUGGUCGUCGCGCGGUCGCCGGCGAUGGCGGCGAUGGCGGCGGGCGCGGCGGGUGAGAUGACGGUCGAGGAGUUCAUGAGGAGCAUGGUGACGCUGGAUGAGACGCCGGAGCCGAGCGCGUCGGAGCUUUGGGGGAACGCGUGGGCGAACAUUUUUGCCGAGCGAGGCGACGGUUGUCGAUUUCACAACUACGCCGAACGCGGAUGCGAGAAGGACAAGGCGGGAGAGACGUGUGCGCACGGACACGCCGCGUGCAUGUAUUGCGACGGUGAUUCGCACCGUGCGUUCACGUGCGAGACGCUCAUCGAGCACGCUCGCGCGGCCAGGGUCAUCGCGUCGAGCGCUUUACGAGCCGCGGCGACGAAGACGAAAUCGCUCGGCGAGCUUCACCGCGAGCGAAUUCGAUCGAGAGCGAGCGCGUCGGGGGCUGCGUCGAAACGUCGACCGUAUUUAUACGUAAUGGGAGGACGAAAUCGCGGUCUCACGGUAGGUGUGGUGGAGCGUUACGACGUUUUGGAGAACAAAUGGGAGCGGGCGCCGACGCUCGUCGAGCCGAGAGGAUCUCACGGCGCGUGUGCGGUGGGAUCAACGCUCUACGUCGUCUCGGGUGGUGGGUGUAAAUCCAAUCUCACAUCCAUGGAGACUCUGGACACGUCCAGCGAUGGCGAAGCGUCUUGGACGAUGCACGACAAUGUCGUGAAACCACGUCACGCCAUGGGUUCAGCGGCAACGCGCGACGGCAAGGUGUACACCGUCGGUGGCUGGUUCAACGGUUCAGAGGCCCUGGGACAGUGCGAUGUGUACGAUUGCGACACGAAAAUGUGGUCCAAACGGGCAGAGCUCAACUACGCGCGAAGACUCCACGGCGUGUGUGCGACGGACGAUGGCUGUGUGUUCGUUUUUGGCGGGACAGUUUUCACCGGAUGCGACAGCUCCACCGCCGAGCGGUACGAUCCCGUCGAAGACAACUGGACGGAAAUAGCCCGACUUCCAUUUCCAGCGUGUGCAACAGCGUGCGCCGUCGGUUCGGAUUGUUUCGUCUUCACCUGGGGCACGCAGGCGAAGGAGCGUCGAUCCGGCGGCUUUUACCGAUACGAUCCAAAAGCCGAUAUCUACGAGCCCCUCGGAACGCUCCCGCUCGCGCAGUGGUUCGGUUUCGCCGUGUGCGCGCACCAAAACGUCAUCUACGUCAUCGGAGGCAUCGUUGACGGCCGAUGGACCGGUCGAUCCUUCGCCUACCACAUCUCCGAACGCGCGUGGGAAGAAAUAGCGCCCAUGGCCUACCCGCGCCGCCGCACCGCCGCCGCCGUCGUCGAGAUCUAG